AUGUCUGUGUAUAACAAAGGACAUGAUACUCUGCCCAAGAAAGAUCCAGAAAAAGCUGUGAGGUGCAGAUCUGAUCCCAAUUGUGGUGAAGCAUCUGAGCAUGUUAAGACACUGACCACCUUACCCCAGCAUGAUGAUGGUCAUGCUGAACCACCCACAAAAGACCCUGACAAGAUCAGAGACAUGCAGAACCGUUCAGGCGAUGAACCAGCCCAAGUGCAAGAGCCUAAGUUGACCCUAGAGGCCCAGCACACACAAGUUGCCAAGUUCCUGUUGGAGGAACUCCACAUUCCUGUGUUAGCAUGGGAACAUUCUGGGAGAGCAACUCACCCAGAAUCCACCAUGUGA